AAAAUAAAUACCAUCGGGAAGUUGUCACUCCGGAAAGCAGCGCACAGCUUUCUGACAACCGCCGCCCCGUGUUGUGUUGGAGGGGUGGUUUAAUAAACAACUGUGCUCUCCCAUCUUCCUCAAAGCAGCGGGGUAUUUUAUAAGUAGACCAGCCGAGACUUUGUGCCAGGACCCACGGCGACCCACUGAGUGAAGCCCACAUUGAAGCUUCAUGACCGACCUUUUCUGUCGGGAUACACAGAUACGACAUGGCUACUGAGAGCAUAAGAAUGAACGGAGAUGCUGACCGAGGCGACGAAGCGGGGGAAUUUCAUCGAGAAAACCGCAUCAUGCGGCGGCGCGGACCCCUGAACAUGAACCAUUACGCCAACAAGAAGAGCGCAGCAGAGAGCAUGCUGGAUGUGGCUCUGCUGAUGGCUAACGCCUCGCAGCUCAAGGCCGUUCUCGAGCACGGACCGAGCUUCACCUUCUACGUUCCCCUCAUCACUCUCCUCAGCAUCUCUCUCAUCUUACAGGUACUGGUGGGAGUUAUGCUCAUAUUUAUAGUUAAGUGGAAUCUGAACGAUGAAAGAAUGCAUCACAAGCUGGACAUCUUGGAAAGCUGUGUCAUGGCCUUCAUCUUUGUCAUAGUGGUGGUCAACGUCUUCAUCACAGCCUUCGGCGUCCAGCAGCCCCACUCGCAAAAUUCACCGCCUUCUUGACGUGCUCCUUGCUCAUCAAGACAUUAUGAGUUUUUAUUAUUUACAAGUUAAAUGGCCAUUUUAUAUAAUUGUCUGCUAUUGUCUGACUCUGUGUGUUUUGAACAAAAUUAAGUGGUUAGUUCUUAUUUUCUCAUCUGUUACUGGUGCAAAAUCAUUGUGACCAUUUCCUGUCAUGUUAAAAUAUUUUUCAUAUCGGUUGUUGUAUGUAUGCAUGCCUGCUGCUUAUUAAUGACGGACUGUAUAACCUCAGCAAAGUUAAAUUAUUCAUGAGCCCAGAAGGCUUAAUGCAGUACCGUAGCUUUACUGAAGGAGAGGUGUGUUGUUUACAGUUUGAAUUUUUUAAUAAUGAUGUGGUAUGUGCGUGCUUUUUGAAGUGCUAUGCAAAAUGCAAUAUCUUUGACUGUCUUCCAUACAUUAGGUCAGUGCUUCCCAAACUUUUCAGUGUGAGGCCUGUGAGCCCGAACACUGGUCGAGCGUACAUUGUACUGCCUUUUAUUUGUUUUUAAGUACUGUUUUUAUCUCUUUUAACGGGUAUUGGAGACAUACAGUUAUGUAUUUGUUAUUUAGUGUUUGAAGAGAAUCUCAAGAUCCUACACUUACUGAUUGGGUCCCUGUGCAAAAAAAUAAUAAUAAUUUGAGUUUAUUUACUGCAUUGUGCAGUUGCUUUGAUUAAAUGUUUUAUUUACUUUUUGUAAACAAACAAAAAAGAACAACCAGGAAUAUUUUACAGUUUUAAAUACUUCUAUGCACUGUGACUGCUCAUGUACUAUAUUUUUAAAAUAAAAGUAGAAAAGUUUUA